AUGACCAUGGCGAUCGGGUUGCUUCGGGCCCUGCAUGUCUAUAUGAAAGCACUCUCCAGGACCGUAAACGGUGUCCGUAGGGGUGUGGGGUACAGUGGUGGCACGGAGUUUAGCCUCAAUACACACUUUACAGUGCUUGGACAAUUCGGGAUGGUGACGGACGACAUCGAUGGCAGAGCGAAAAUCAGGACCAGAAGACCGGGUCAGAUUGCCAUGCUUUCGUCUCCACAGAUAGUGGAGGCGGAUGGAUUAAAGUGA